UUCAGCACGCAGAGUGGAGCAGACGGCAGCAGCCACACAAACACACUCCACACACCACCACCACCACCACCACCAGCACCAGCGCCGCCACCACCACACACACACACACACACUGUGACGGCUGCAGGCGCAGUGGGGAGCAAGCCGUCAGGGAGAGAGCUUGAGAAGCAAGAGAGGGAUCGCAGAGGGAAAAAGAGAAGAAACCAGUUGAAGGAGGCACCUUGUGGAUCAGAGGGGAUUUUCUGGAUAGGACUAUCUGCUUCUCCCUGAGCAAAAGGAGUUCCUACCCAGGCUUUUUCUUUCUGCUCAUCCUCCAAGCGCCGCGCUCCAGCCAUAUCUACCUAUCUAUCCCGGAGCUUACCAAAACAGGGAGGGAGUGUGUGUGAGAGAGAGUAAGAAUAAAGGCAGUCACAGCUUCAGCUCAAGACCACCCUUUCCUUGUCGCCCCCCCCCCCCCCCCUCCUCCUCCUCCUCCUUUUCUCUCUCUCUAGCUCCACAUCCAUGCGUGAGUUCAUUGCUGAUUUCACUGUCUUUUGAAGAUAGAGCAGAGGACAGCUCGCAUUCUCCGGGAUACAGCCGAGCCCCCCGGUGGGAUCGGUGUGUCUGGUCUGGUGUGUGAGAGAGAGAGAGAGAGAGAGAGAGAGAGAGAGAGAGGGGAGCGAGAACCAGACAGGAAAACUGAUACACAGGAAGAAGGAAAGAGACGGAGAGAGACAAGAGUCAGGGACGCCGGAGAGAGCACAUUGAGGGGCAUGUUCAGGGCAGCAGAGAAGAAGAGUCAGUCUGAUCUCUAGAGGGAAGAGUGCAAAGAACCGGCAAUCGGAUCCCAUCCAUAGCUCCCUCCUCCUCCUCCUCCUCUUCCUCAUCGUCCUUUUCUUCUCCCCUCUCCUUGUACCCUCUCUCCGUCCUCCGUCGCUCCUAAAUCCCCCCCUUUUGUUUCCGUGGAUGCCUCCUACAGACCUUUUUAACAUCUUCCUUUCCACACCUCCUGCCCCCCGAAGCUCUUUUUUUUUUUUGUUGCGGCCACUCCGGAUUUCCCUCUGUCCCUCUCACCGGACCUGUCUCUCUUUGUGAGCUUCAGUGUCACAAGUAGAGUGACUGAAAUCCCAAGUGCUCUCUGUCCUCAGCGUCCCUCCCUUCCUCUGUGCGUUCAUCAGAUAAACGCACACCUUAAUAGAAGGAGAGCGUUCCCCCUCUCUCUCUCCAUCCUCCGCUCUUGGAAGCAGUCGUCUGAAGGAUCCACGCCGCCUUCCCCUGCCGGCUUCCAUCUGCAGCCUCCUGCACCUUCAAUUGGAUUCCAGCUACAUGGGAAAACGUUUGGAGCAGCAGCAAAUGUACCCCCACUACACCUACUAUUACCCCCACUAUCUCCAGACCAAGCAAUCCUAUGCACCUCCCCCUCCGCCCAUGGCUCCGCCCAGCCCUGGCACCACAGGAGGUGGAGGAGGAGGAGGAGGAGGAGGAAGUCAUGGAGGAGGGCUAGUGGAGCAGCUUAGUAAAACCAACCUGUACAUCAGAGGCCUGCCGCCUGCCACCACCGACCAGGACCUCAUCAAACUCUGCCAGCCAUAUGGCAAGAUUGUGUCAACAAAGGCCAUCUUGGACAAGAAUACCAACCAAUGCAAAGGCUAUGGCUUUGUGGACUUCGACAGCCCUGCAGCAGCUCAGAAAGCUGUGGCCUCGCUCAAAGCCAGUGGAGUCCAGGCACAGAUGGCAAAGCAACAAGAGCAAGACCCCACCAACCUGUACAUCUCAAACCUGCCCCUCUCCAUGGAUGAGCAGGAGCUGGAGAACAUGCUGAAGCCCUUCGGUCAUGUCAUCUCCACACGGAUCCUGAGGGAUGCCAACGGCCUGAGCAGAGGAGUUGGCUUUGCUAGGAUGGAGUCAACAGAGAAGUGUGAUGUGGUGAUUCAAAAUUUCAACGGGAAAUUCUUGAAAACCCCUCCGGGCAUGACAGCCCCCGCAGAGCCUCUGCUGUGCAAGUUUGCCGAUGGAGGCCAGAAGAAGAGGCAAACCCAGGUGAAGUUCCCCCAGAACGGGCGACCGUGGCCACGGGAAGGAGAGAGUGGUAUGGCAUUGACGUAUGAUCCCUCCGCGAUGCAGAAUGGGUUUUACUCGUCACCUUACAGCAUCUCCACCAACCGGAUGAUUGCACAGACUUCCAUCACACCCUUCAUCGCUGCUUCCCCCGUCUCUACAUAUCAGGUCCAGAGUACAUCGUGGAUGCCACAUCAACAGUAUGUAAUGCAACCUACAGGGGCUGUGAUCACCCCAGCAGCAGCUCUAGAGCCCAGUUUGUCUCUCCACCCCUCCAGUGUGAUGGCUCCUCUCACCCAGCAGAUGAACCACAUGUCUCUGGGCACCACAGGCACUUACAUGCCUGCUGCAGCAGCUGCUCCUAUGCAAGGAACCUACAUUCCCCAGUACACUGCAGUGCCUGCCUCUGCCAUCACAAUGGAAGGUGUGGUGACAGACCCGUCUUCACAGACUGCUGCCUCCUCCCAGGACGGCAGCGGGCAGCAGCCUUUAUCAGUGGAGAACACAGGAGAUCAUUCGACAGCCUACUCCUACCAGCAGUCUAAAUAACGUGAACGUCGAUCAUUGCUGCUUCGCCUGGACUGAGGCGCUGGAGACAAAGAAAGGAUCCAAAUGAAAUGGGGACAAAAAAAAAGUGUUGUGUGAAACAUUGGGGUGUGAAUGCUUCCACUGUGCACAGGCACAACGUAAAAGACAAAAUGAAAAAAAUAUAUAUAUUUCUUAUCUGGUUGAGCCAAGAGAAAUGAUGGUUUGCUGAACUCGAGGACGUGGAAAUGCAACACAGUGUGCGUCGUUGAGUCUGUCAUUACUCACUGUGAGGCUGGACUCGGCCACCGAAGGGAAAAAGAAGACAGACUGAAAUCUAAACUCAACAACCAAGCUGUACAGAAAAAAAGAACAUUUGAAUGUGCAGGUAGAUUUUCAGACUUUUUUUUAUCAAAAAUGUAAGGAAGCAAAGUCUAGAAAAAAAACAGGUUGUCUUCCUUUGAUAUUAAGCUACAUUAUUUUCAUUAUUUUUAUUGUUUUUUUUGUUUUUUUAUUGUAGUUUUCUAGAAUAUCAAUGUUUUCGUAUAUCUUUAUUGCCUUAAUUUUUUCAAACUUUGGAAAUAAAAGUUUCCAUAGUGUUGAAUUAUUUUAAAAUAAUGGUUGAAUGAUUUGAGAAGUUCUUAAAGAGUUAGAGAACCACCGAGAAUAAAUCUAAAAAGCUAUUUGUACAGGAAAAAAAAAGGUUGUAAUUGUAUGAAGAUGAUUUUAAAUUAUGUGGUGCAGCUGAUGUUGGUUGGUGGGAAAAACGUCUUUAAUGCAACUUGUGGGAAGGAUCAAUCCAUUGCUUCCUGGAAAACACAGUUAAGUUUAAUCAUGGGAUAAAAGUUCUGUUUCUUCAUCACAUUUGUAUUUUUAGUUUUUUUGUUUGCAUUCCUAUAACCUGUGAACAAUGGGUUUGCUUUGCCUGCUUUGCUUGUCUCACUGCAAAAUGAAAAGUAAAAAAAGGAACAUUUCUGACAUUGACAUGAAGCAGAAAUAAACGCUAGGUUUUCUAAAUGUGCAAAAAGCAAUAGUUUUAGUAAAACUGCUGACAGUUUCUUGAGUCUUUCUAAAGCGUUGAACAAAAGCAGCCAUCAUGUGGCAUAUUUUAUACCAAAGAUGAAGAAACUAGUUAGUGAAGAGGUAUUCCUCAUGUUGCUUUUUUGUUGUUUUCUUCACCUCUGAAAUUGGAUAGUUAGAUUUGUAUUGAUUGUCAUGCUGUUGAAGGAGCACAUCCAGUCGGUCUUUAACUAAAUUGCCUCAACCAGAAUGUUUUCUCUGUCAUGUUCUCAUACGUGGUGAUGAUCUAAAUCGAGAAGGUAGGGAUGUUAUUGUGUGUAAAGGGGUUGAAAAGACAGUUUAUAUAAUCUGGAACGGUGUGUACAUCUCCUCCUUCAAGCUGCAUCAACAAAUUGCAACACUGCGGCGCUGUGGCUCGUUGUGAGGACCAGCCCGAAACCGUUUAGAAAUGCAUCUCAGUCCAUAAGACAAAAUGUUUUACGCCGCAAUCUCGCCAAACAAAAGCCAUUUGGAAUGGGAGCUGGGCGAGGAUCUCUCUCAGAGGAAAGGCCAUUUCCUUUUGAAGAAAACCCAUUUCAACUUCAACUAUUCUAAAAGGUUGAGGACAGAUGGUGUGUUUCUCUUUUUGUGUUGCCUUUUUUUGUGUCUUUCUCGAGAGUUGAUUAAGACGUGUGAGCUGCUAGAUACUUUUCAUGAAUCAGGCUUGAGGCAGUCUCGUGUUCGGUAGGUGUGGGACGGGUACAGAAUGACAGCAAUUGACUAUUUGAAGCCAAGAUACCGUAAAGACAAGUUUAAAUGUCACCACAGCUGAAAAAGCAGAAUGGGCCUCUCGUCAGGUGUUAGGCUGGAAGUUCCUGCCUGAAGCCCACGAGAAGAUGUGAGAAUAAUCAUCUAUUUUCUGUUAUCUGUUAAUACGAAUCUGCAUUAUUUCUACUAAGCAACAGGGAGCACCUGACUGACGAAGGUUCUGGCGUCAGACCCCCGAAGCCCCACCCACCUGACACUCGGCCAAUGAAAAGAGGUUAAUGGAUACAGAGGAACAGACAUACACAUUUCAACCAAAAUUAAGCAAAUACAAACCUCUACGGGAAAAUAAAUUAUUGAAAGGAGAGGGAAAGCAGAGAAAGCCAGAACAAAAGUACUAUUUAUGAGAUCUUUUUUGUACAGGUGUGUAAAAGAAGAUGCAACAGAAAUAACUUUGAUGCUAUUUUUUUAUUUGCUUGUUCACACGCCUCCCAUAUCUUUCAAAUUGUGUUUCUAAGAGUGUCUGUAGAACCAGUGGGUAUUUCUGUAGUUUCAAAUGUCUCUUUUCCUUUUUUUUUCUUUUUAGACAGGUCUUUCAAUAAUAAAAUGUUUUAAACAGUCA